AUGGACGUGGAUGGAACGGACCCGAGCAUAUGUUCCCGACCCAGUGGAAAGCGGCUGCAUCCGGCGACAAGGUUUACUAAGCCUGCUACACAGGAGCCGGCAAAAUUGAGGCCUACAAUGAACGCUCCCGGAGCUAAACGGAGAUCCCAACGAACUUUGACACUGGAAGAGCGCCUGGAUGAUUUGCGCAAUGUCGACCAGGACGGAAUGGAAGAGUUGGGCAUGGUCUACAAUUACUCAGGUCAGCAGGAUGGCAACCAAUCACAUGUGUCCAUUAUCCUGCAACAUAUUUUGGACACCUUGUCCGACAUGUUCAGGAACACAGAAGAGACCUUUCGUAUACUACCACUUUCUGCCAGGACGUAUAAGAACAUGCAGAUGUGGAUUCGCAAUGAAGCCAACCUUUGGCGGCUGAUUCCUGACUACCGCGGGUUGUCACGAUACCUAAGUAAUCGGCAUGAGCGGACCUACAUCCCAGUGACAAAACAGAUGAGACAGAAGGAGCCCCGGCUUAUCUACAUGUAUUGGGUGGACCACUUUGGAGAAGAGAAUCCCAUCAAGGUAUAUGAACCUGGCGAAACAUAUUUGGAAAGAAAGAAGAGACUCGAAGCUAAACACGACAAACGAAAGAAGAAUCUUCAUGAACGAAUGACAACUGCGGAGAUCAAUGCAGGAGAACAAUCAACCCUGACCGACUGUUUCUUUCUACCAAAGAAAAAGAAAAGAACAUAG